CGCGUCAGAAGCCGCCGCAGCGGAGGGACGCCGCACGAUGGAAAAAGCCGCUCGGGAGGCACGCGAGGGGUCGCGGAAGCUUAACACGCUGAGUUAUCUGGAACGGAAGAAAAUUCUGCUGGAGGUGGCCAAUGCGUUGGACACCAAUCGUGACAAAAUAUUGGACGCAAAUGCCGUGGACCUGCGAGUGGCGGUGGAGAGCAACCUUGCGCCUUCACUGCUGAAGCGUCUGGAACUGACUCAUGGCAAAAUUGACACGGUUGUGUCUGGCAUAAAGGCGAUUGCGGAGGACAAGGAUCCUCUUGCUCGUGUGCUUAGUGCUCGUAUGUUGGAUCAGAAUCUCGUGCUCUGCAAGGAGACGGCGUCCAUCGGUGUUCUUCUUGUCAUCUUUGAGUCUCGACCGGACAGCAUGCCACAGAUUGCAGCGUUGGCUCUCUCGUCUGGCAACGGUUUGCUCCUGAAGGGUGGUCGAGAGGCCGAACACUCCAAUGCAGCGAUCCACUCCGUGAUUGUGGGGGCCGUGACGAAGGCCUCGGAGGGGAAAGUUCCCUCUGGUGUUAUCAGCCUUGUCACAAGUCGUGCCGACGUUUACGAACUGCUGAAACUGGAGGGAUUUAUCGAUCUUGUGAUUCCACGUGGCUCAAAUGAGAUGGUGCGAAACAUUCAACGGUCAACAAACAUUCCGGUCCUCGGACACGCCGAUGGCAUCUGCCACGUGUAUGUCCACCCUGACGCUGAUAUGAAUAUGGCCGCUAAAGUCAUCAUUGACGCCAAGCUGAAUUACCCAGCUGCGUGCAAUGCCGCGGAAACGGUGCUCUUUCAUCGGGCCACAGUGGAGAAUGGGAACGCGAAAAUUCUUGUGGAGAAGAUGAAGGAAGCUGGAAUCAAGAUAUAUGGCGGGCCCAAGGCGAUUGGAGCGUCCCUUGCGCGUGCUGGGGCAGCGUCCAUGCAUACUGAAUACGGUGACGAGCAAAUAACGGUGGAGGUUGUGGAGGAUAUGGAUGCCGCCGUGGAUCACAUCAAUAAAUAUGGUUCCCACCAUACAGAAUGUAUCCUCACCUCCAAUGUUGAUACAGCCAGUGACUUUGUAAGGCGUGUGGAUUCUGCUUGUGUUUUUCACAACUGCUCGACACGUUUUGCGGAUGGCUACCGCUUUGGGCUUGGUGCUGAAGUGGGCAUCAGCACCGGCCGGAUUCAUGCGCGUGGGCCUGUGGGAGUGGAGGGGUUGUUGACACAAAAAUGGGUGCUGCGACCGAUAGACCCCGAAUUGUACGCAACUGUUGCCGAGUUUCAAAGCGGCGAGCGCACCUUCACACAUGAAGACAUUACGAAUGCUAUGAUAUUGCAGGAGGAAAAUUAA